AUGCUAUGCCAUUCAAGGUUCUAUCACUUACGGUCUAAACUGCCUCCCGGACCGCAUCCACUGCCACUCAUUGGCAAUAUUUUACUAUUCAAACGGAAAGAUCAUUGGGAUGUAGUGUUCAGAGAACUGGCCAAACAAUACGGCCCGGUAUUCACCUUUUGGUUCUUCAAUAGACCACAAGUUGUUGUGACGGACGUAGAGAUGGCGAGAGAGACCUUCAAGAAGAAUGACUUCGCCGGCAGAGACAUGUCAUAUAUUGCGCAUCUAUUGUCUAAUGAUAAGCACUCGGACGUAGUAUUUGCCGAUUACGGGCACAGAUGGGAGGCGUUGAGACGAGUGGCACAUUCGGCCGUACAGAAAUAUUCAAUUAAUGUAAAACUAGUCUCUGUGGCCACCGAUUCAGUCGAUCGUACGGAUAAGUUUACCAAACAUUUCGACGACUAUAACGAGUCAAUUGAGAGAGACUUUUGCGAUGCACUCAUCAGUGCUAAGAAUGACGCCCUCAGAGACGGCAAAGAGUCGGCCCCUUAUCUCACGGACGCCAACCUCGCGAUGACUGUUAUGGACCUAUUCUUUGCCGGAACAGAUACAUCUCAGGGAACAUUUCAAUGGCUUUUACUAUUUGUUUGCUAUUAUCCGGAAAUGCAGCAGAAGUUGAGACAAGAGAUUGAGUCCCAAAUCGGAGACCGAAUGCCAACACAUGAGGACAGGAAUCGAUGCCAUUAUGUCAUGGCUUUCAUCGCUGAGACCCUGAGAGUUAGAAAUGUUGCGCCCACUGGACUUCCACACAAAGCCCUUGUUAAUACAAUACUUGAUAAAUACACAAUACCUAAAAAUAUGUCAGUUAUUGUAUACCACGGAAUCAUAUGCCAUAAUGACAAGGAUUGGCAAAAUACCAAUAAAUUCAAACCCGAGAGGUUUAUUGAUAGUGAGGGACAAUUCAUCACAACCCGUCCCAAAGCGUUCAUACCCUUCGGUGUGGGCCGUCGUGUCUGUCCGGGAGAGAAGUUGGCCAUCGCUGACCUAUGUAUGGCCUUUAAUGCUCGCAUUUCGCGCAAACCAUUCACUAGUAUUAUGAGUGACUUAUCAUCGCAUCGCUCGCCAAUUGUCACCGAAACUGAUUUCAUG